ACACCCCCCAAACACCCUCCUCCUCCUCCUCUGCUCACCCCCCACCCCCGCCGCCUCCAUCACCUCGGCUCCGUGCGCACUAUUCCUCCUCCCUCUCCCCUUCAUCGCUGCUGCUGCUGCUGCUGCCGCCGCUGCUGUCGCCUCAUCUAGCACGGCUGGGGCAGCAGCUAUGAUGGCCGCAAAGCCGCGGCUCCUGCCCGUGCCGUUCCCAUUCGUGUUCACAUCAUCGGCAGCUGCUCCAUCAUCAUCAUCGUCGUCAUCGCACGCGCUCAUCAUCAUCAUCCUCCUCCUCCCCGCGUUGUCAUCUGCGUCCGUGGCGCACUCCGGCUGUAGGACACACACGGUGACCGUGUCCACGCUGCCGGUCCUGCGUGAGAGCGAAGUGGCCUUCCACGGCCUCUCCUCGAGCUCGUCCUCGUCUGCCGCCGAGUCCAAGCUGCUGUUGUCCAUCAGGCACGACCUCCCCGGAGAACUGGCCAUCGCGGACGACCUGGAGAACACCGAACUGCCAUACUUCGUGCUCGAAAUCAUGGGCCCUGCUGAGGAGCUCCCCGCCGUCCACUGGCGCCAGCGGUGGCUGGAGAACGGCACGCUGCACUUCCGCGUGCUUCGCGACAGCGUGGCGCUGCGCUCCCCCGUCGCGGUGCCCACCCUGCGGCCCAACUCCCAGCAGCUCGACGAGCAGCUGCACAUGCUGCACGUCUCCGUCAUGGGCGGCCUCAUCGCGCUGCUGCUGCUGCUGCUCCUGCUGCUCACGCUCGCCCUGUACACGCGCCGCGGCGGCAGCGGCGGCUCCUCGGGAUGCUGCCGCGCCCAGCGCCACCGCCCGCCGAUGCCGCCGCAGAAGAGCGCGAGCGCCGAGGCGGGCGACGAGAUCCACUACAUCCCGUCCGUGCUGCUGGGCGCCCACGGUCUCGACUCCCGCCGCUCCAACGCCCGCCUCCUGCAGGACUCGCACGCCGACGCGGACGGGACACCGGUGCGCGAGACGCCGAUCCUGGACGACUUUGACUUCGAGAACGGCGUGGGCGUGAGCGGCACGGUGCAGCGCAUGAACCACCGGGGCGGCGGUGGCGGCGACGAGGAUUACGGGAGUCAGGUGACGCGCACGCUCGAGAGCCUGGGCCGCGUGGACGAGGACUGCCACGGGCACUGCGACGCGAGCCCAGGCCGGGACGAGACGGUGGAGUCGCUGGUGAUGAAGUUCAAGGAGAGCUUCCGCGCCAACGCCCCCGUGGAGCUCAACCGGCUGCAGCAGGUGCCUACGCCGUGCGGCUCCGACAACCGGCGCAAGCGGCGGCGCCGCAGCCGCAGUCGAGGAGGCACCAGUCUUUCACGUGGUGGGGAGGACUCCGGGACAGAUGCGGAUGACGAGACGCAGCUGGCGUUUUAUACUGAGCAGCAUCGUGGACGAAGGAAAAGCCGAGGCUCUCCCCGGAGUCCCGUUGGCAAGACGACGCUGGCCCUGCUGAGCGUGACGACGUGCGCCGUGGCCAUGGUGUGUGGCGUGCACCUCGCCUGCCCGCUCACCGUGCGCGUCACGCUGCACGUCCCCGAGCAGUUCGUGGCCGACGGCAGCGUGUUCGUGCUGUCCGAGGGCGCCCACCUGGACGUGUCGGACUGGCUCAACCCAGCCAAGGUGGUGCUGUACCGACAGGGCGCCAACGAGUCGAUCCCGUGGGUGCGCGACCCCUGCGCCGAGCGGACCCUCAGCCCCUGCGAGCACCUCUGUGACCCCGAGACCGGAGACUGCAGCUGCCGGGAUGGCUACCUACCUGACCCUGUCUACAGCCACCUUUGCGUGCGCAAGCAGUGGGAACUAAACCAAGGGCCUUGGCCGUACACCACGUUUGAGAGCGGUUACGACCUUCUGAACGGAAAACAGCCAACAGACAAAAUCUUCAGGUUCACGUACGGCAUGGGUCAAGGGCUGUGGCUGCCCUUCAGCAAGACUUUCGUCGUUCCUCCCGUCGAGCUGGACAUCAGCCCACUGGCCAGCUGCCGUACGGACCUGUCCAUCACGGAGGAGACGGCUGAAGUCCGGGAGGAGGCGAUGCGCUCGACGCAUUUUGAGUCCCUCGAGGACCUGCUGGACUCGUUCGGCCCGGUCCGCGACUGCUCACGGGACAACGGUGGCUGCACGCGGAACUUCCACUGCGUGUCUGAGCGUCGCAUCGACUCGUCGGGCUGCGUGUGUCCUCGGGGCCUGCGGCCCAUGAAGGAUGGGUCUGGCUGCUACGACUACAGGCUUGGCGUCGACUGCUCGGACGGGAUGAAUGGGGGCUGCGAGCAGCUCUGCCUGCAGCAGACGGUGCCGCUGCCCGACGAGACGUCCUCGUUCAACAUCCUCAUGUUCUGCAGCUGCGUGGAGGAGUACCGCCUGGGUCUGGACGGGCGCUCGUGCAUCCUGACGUCGGAGCCAUGCCCCGACGCGCCCGACUGCCCGCCGGACGUGCGCCCCAACCCCAACGAGACGCUCUUCGCCGAGAUGCUCCACGGCUUCGAGAACUCGUCCGGGAGCCUCGGAGGCGGCAGCCACGGCGGCGACGAGAAUCGCACGGAUCACCUCGGCAACGGCACCCGCUCGGGCGACAUCACCAGGGGACUGAUCUUCCGAAUGACCUUCCGGGAGAACAACUUCAUGAAGGAUUUCCCGCAACUUGCCGACGGACUGGAGGUGAUGCCUUUGCCGCCCGACCAGCAGUGCCAGGCUCACCUGUCUGACCCCAGCCCUGCCCUGCAACAGCUUAAUGGCCACGUGAACUACAGCGUGGUGACGGGCUACCCCAUCGAGCAACACUGGACCCUGCGCAGCAAUUUGAAGAGAGUGACUCUCAGCACACGCACCCUCUCCCCGGGCUUCGUCAAGGCCAUCGGAGCCCUGAGUCCCGAGAGCUCGCGGGACGAGUUCCUCGCUCUGGCCGCCGACUUCGGAAGCCGCUUCAUGACCGAGGCGCUGUACGGCUCGGAGCGCCACUGCACCAUGCGCUUCCCCAGCAAGCGCCUGCAGCGACAGAUGUGGAUGCAGUACCAGAGGCUCAGCAAAGCUGAUGCAGCCAUCCAUCGGUCGACGGGCCCGCCGUGCCUUUCGCCGUGCCAUCCAGGAGUGAUGCAUGAGUCCGGCGGCGAGACGCACCGGGGCCGCGACCCCAAAUAUACGUCGUUCGCGGCGUACAUCUCGGGGCUGGCCGGCGGCGGCAUCGGCGGCGGCGGAGGUGCCGGGGACGGCUCGGGCAUCCCGGGGCUGGAGAUGAGCUGCUGGGAGAAGGGCGGCUGCCCACCGUCGUGUAGCCUCUGCGCCGAGCAUGGCCAGCCGCACGUCGCUGGCCCCACGCCCGUGCUCCUCGAGGCCGCGAGGACGUCCUCCGUCUGCGAACUCCUCCACGACAAUCGCACGCGGGAGGCGUGCCGCACGGCCAUGCAGAGUGCCGCCUGGUGCUCGGGACGCGGCGAGGUCGUGGGGAACUGGUGCCGCUGUGACCCCGAUGCCUUCGACCACCAGGGCCUCCCCGACUGCGCCCCCCUGCCACGGCCCACGCUGCGGCUCUCGCCGGCGCUGGAGCCCACCAGCACGCUGGUGGCACUCGAGUGGGAGGACCUGGAGCCGCCGGUGGGUGCCCGCAUCGUCGACUUCGAGCUGCAGUACGAGACGGUGGCCGAGCCGGGCGUCCGCGGCGCCGAAAUGCACUGGGAGAACUACCUGAGCUUCACCGAGGACCUUCUGUCAGGGUCCAUGUCGCCCUGCGUUGUGAUUGGCCGUAACGUGAAAUCAGGCCCCCUGCCCGGCGUCUUCACGCUCAUCUUUCAGUGCCUGCGUCCCGACACACUUCACAAGUUCACCCUGCGCGCCGUGGACCGCACGGGGCGACGCUCGGAGCCGUCCUCGCUUGUGAUGCGCAUGCCCUGCGAGGUGGUGGAUGACAACAAGGCUGAAGACGUGGCGGACCGCGUGCACACGCUCUACAACGGCUACACGAGCGGCAAGGAGCAGCUGUCGGCCUACCAGUUACUCAUGGAGGUGACGCCCUCCGCCCUGCACCGCGUGCAGCGCCACUACAACAAGCACUACGGCAAGUUCGGAGACUUCGCCUGGCGCACCGAGGACGAGCUGGGACCCCGGAAGGCCAGCCUGAUCCUGCGGCGCCUCGGGGAGGUGAGCGCACGCUGCGCCGCGCUGCUCACCGAGCCGUCCAUCUACAUGCACACGGUGUCCAUCCCGUACUUGGUGUGUCGCGGUCUGGGGGGACCCCCUCCUUGGGGAUUCCUGCGACCCUCCGACCUGCCGCGCGUCUGCGAGGAGCGCUGGCUCAGCGUGCUGCGCAACUUCUUCCCGGAAAACGCCGAGGGCUAAAAAAUAAAUAAAAAUAAAAAAAUAACAGAUCCUAGAUCGCCCCCUAACCCGCGGAAGGGCAGCGAGGCCCCACAGGUGCCCUCGUUCGUUCCCGAAUUUUGAGGGCGCGUUACGCCUGGCUUUUGUUAUACAUCACCUGUUGAAUUUUCCCUCCUUUUUAAAUUCCUAUUGUGUUCUCGGCUCUUUAAUGGCGAAGAAAAAAUGCUUGCAAAAAACAUCCAAUAGCACCCCCCUAAACCGCCGGUAGGGCAGCCAGGCCCGGAUGCCCUCGUUCGUUCCCGAAUUUUUAGGGUGUGUUACGCCUGUAAUUUGUUUCAUAUAUAUACGUUACCUGUUGUCCCCCACCCCCCCGUACUUUUGAAAUUCCCCACUGCAUUCUGGAUUCUUUAAUAACGAUUUUAAAAAAAAGCUUACAAUAAAAAAAAUCCAACAGUACCCCGACAAGCUUAGCGCAGAGAAAAUGAUGGCGUUGGGCACCAACCGGUCCCUAUUGGUUGAACUCAGUGGUUCUUAACCUGGGGUGCACGCUACACCCCCUGGGGGUACGAGAUGCCCUUUCUGGGGGUAGCGAGGCAUGGCCAGACUUUGUUUAGAAGGUAAAACGUCGAAAACACGAAUUAAGCACGGGCUCGUGUGUACGACCACUUUGUUUCGUCAAACCCCUAUGUCGUUAUUGCCAUUAGACUUUUUUUAAUGAUUGAGAACCAAGGCCGCAGUAAAGGUUAAGAACCGCUGGUUCAAUCAGCCGGCGGCUCCGCAGCGGUGAACACUUGUGUCCGGCGGCGUAGCUUUUGUACGCUCUUGUGGCCGUGUAGCUCUCCGGCGUGGUUUUCGCGGCCGUGCCGCUGCGCGUUGUUCGUCACGGAGCCCGACGUUUUGCUUGCGCCUGCUUGGGAACUUCUUCCGAAAGGGUGCAUCGGUUCAGUUCCGAACUCUCUGAAUUGGCUCUUCGGUCCUUGAAGGUGAAGUUCCUAGCACGUGGAGCAAAGCGUCGGACUUGGCGGCAAGCAACGCGCGGUACGAGUGGUAAUUAACUCACCUUGCGGCGUUAGGUCGAGUACGACCUCUGGUGACAUCUACGACCAUACUCUGCCAUCCACACCUUGCUGCUUCUCGUAGCUGGGUUAGUGUAAGGCCGGUGGUGUUCUUGAUGUCGUCCAUCCACCUCCUCUGAGGUCGGCAUACAGAUCCUAGAUGUCAGUGAACUCGGAUGGACAGGAAUGGGGCACUUUAAUUCGGAUGACUGUAAGAUUCUAUACUCGGGCCACGAAUCGUACAAGAAUAAUGGAGUGAUUGUAAACUGGGCAUUUGACUGCUGCGCCUGAAUAAACACGCUUGGUGGUAGCCGUGUGACCUAUGGAAAUCUAUGAUGACCACAGCCUCCGAUUUAAACACUGGUGUUUUAUGUUAUUUUUGUUGUCGUGUUUAUUUUACAUCGCCGCACUCCUUUUUCUAGCGUAUGCCAAGUAGGUGUAAAUUAUACGUCCAGGUUUAAGUUUGUGUGCCAUGUGGUAGCUUCGGGGAGGAGCGGGCCUCGUGGAACGCGUCGAAAGACUUCCCAUUGAGACUUUGGUUCGGAACCUCGUCAGAAAUCCGUGGAGUUCGCCAGCGGUGACCAGUGAACCCCGCUUCAUCCGAUUGUCUCGCGCGGCGAUCCCAGAUUGCUUUCCGGGAUCUCAGUCGAGUUCGUGGAGGGUCGAACAAGGUCUUGGAUUAACGAGAGGUAGGCCAAAAUACCCUUUAGAGGGCCUCUAUAGAUCUCCCUCUAGUGGCUAUUCUUCCUCUAGCUGUGAUGUGGUCAAGACAUUGUAGGGCUGCAUCUUUACCUUCUACUUCAAGUGAGACUUGCUUCACACUGUGGCUGUCUUCCCACAGUGCUUUGCAGCUCAGACACUUUGACGUGAGUCUUUAUGUUGAACGGUAUAUUUUCGUUGCAUGCAAUUAUUUUGGCUUAUCAAACUGGCUUUUGUUUAACAAUAAAGGAAAGAAGGAUAUUGAUAAUUUUAAUUGAUAUUUUUAGUUUGUUCACUGGACUGCCGUACAUUCUGUGUGCUUUAUGUCUGUAUUACCUCCAUGCUUGUGUGCGCUGGCGCGUUUGAUAGACACGCUCGUGAUGUGGAGAGCGCUAAGUUCCGUGGUGAGUGCAUUGCAUGUCAAACCUGGGUGACCCGCGUUCGAUUCCCGGCUAGAACUCACACCUGUGAAAAAUAUCUCAGGCAGUCCAGGGUCUUCCCAUGAGGUCAACUCAACUUUAAUUGAGUAUCUGCCAGGAGGGGGGGACAUUUGCACUGGGGAGACAAAGGUGGCUGGGCGCUGUACUUUCCACACCACUCCCUCGCACGCUGUGCCGGCCUUAUAUGUAUGUUAAACUUCUUUCGCACCAUACAUCGCCAACCGAGCUAUUCGGAGGUGCGGGGGAAGGACAACAAUCUAAAUACAAAAAGCAGUUCUAGAGGAAUGCCUUUUAAAUCUAGAUAAAAAAGUGCAUAGCUCCAGUGGCUUCCUAACACCGGAAGGAAGAGAGUUCCAGACGGCCACAGAAGCGCACCUGAAAGUGCGCGAUGCAUUCACUGUUUUUGUCCGAUGGUUAAGCCAAAAGCCGCUGCGAGGAUGACCGGAUUUUAUCGUGAUGGUGUACGCUCCUUGACGAGAUCAGCAAGGUAAAUAGCUGCUCGCAAACAGCGAUGACCUCAAAUGCUACACGGGGGAAUCUUUGUCUCUCUGUUGGUGGAUGCAGUUUGACCACCCCUGUGGUUUACCCGGAUUUGCUCAUCAUGCCAUCCGUAAUGAUGACAUCACGCCCACAGGAUGGGCAACUACCCCGAGACAUCGCAAUGUCAAAGCAACGUUUCCCUGAGAGAGAGGCUGUGCUGUCGCAGUGUUGACUCGUGACGCCUAUUUAUGGAAACGGCUCCUGACAAGUCGCUAUCAAAUAUUCCCAGCUCAGUCCAGCCAUGCACCACUUUCCGACGUCGUUCUUGCCCAGAUGGGUUUGGCGGUGUGCCGUGUUGUCGAAUACGAAUAUAUAUUGAGUUGAUUGCAAGAAGAUUAGUGAUGAUGAUAGCCUACAAUCCUUUGUCAAUUGUUAUAAUCAAUUUCCUAAAUAACUCCUCGACAAUCGCACAAUUCUCCUCUCCCUUGCUCCACUGGUCGAGCGUUUCAUGCUCACUGAUCAACAGUUGCGUGCAGUUUACACUCUUAUGAUUUUUCGGGUUGAUCGAGCGUAUUGGUUGAGAGUUGCACAUGGACCGUUUUGAGUGCCGUCGUUAUUGCAACAUGUGAAUCUCUCAUGGCCGUGAGUAAAAGAUAUUGUGAUCAGUGCCGCUUAUUGUCAAAGGCCAUUGGCGGUCACAGGGAACCGUUAAAAUACGUCUAGUAAUGUGUUAAUUCUUUUUAUGUAUUGCCGAAAAUUUCAGUUGGUGCUAAUUUUUGUUUUGGUAAAAAGUAAAAAAGACAAAACUAUAAAAUACUAAAAUAUAUAUACCGAGGGCUGCAGAAAUGUAGUAAUUAUUGGUACCGGCUUACUGCCUGGCUUUUGCGUCUAAGCUUAUCUGAUGUUAGAUGCACAUUACGUGAAGGAUGACGCUCUAUACAUCUAAACAUUAUUAUUGCCUGCAUUUAAUUCCAAUCGGUUGUCAUAAACGGCUGUGUUUUCAGUAAGAACUGAGAUGGUUAAUAUUUUCUGCAUUUGUAAUAAUGACUGUUUAUUCGAGCCAAUUGUUCGUGAAAUUAAAACAAUCCCCCGUGUGUCUGCGAAUAUCUUGGGGCGAAGGUGCCACACCACCUUGUCUGACUCGCGUGUAUGUCGUUACUGUGUCCACCCAAUCAUUUUUUGUAAGCGGUUCAACCUUUUUCUUUUAUUUUAUUUGGGAGUCAGUUUCCUAAGAGCUUUCGCUGACUGCAUCACAGCUAUCUGAAUCGAAUGUUUUUUUCUUCAUUUUAAAUGAAGGCUCGGCGUAAUAGGAUAUGAUGUUAGUCUAUACCAUAAUCCAAUUAAUAAUGUGUAUGUGGUCAAUGGUUAAACGUGGCUUGCCUGUGGAUUUUGCCCCCUAAAUUCCCCGUAAGAUCCUUGUGAAGAAUGUAUAUACAUGUGCGAAGAGACUAUUGGCUCUGUAAUUCUUGAAUUCUCUUUUUCAUCUUUUUAAUAGAAUACAAUGAGUCGUCAUUCUGUAAUUGAGGGCUUUAACGUCGGUGUAAACAUACAUUAAAUUGCUUUCAUUAAUUUAAUUAUCUUAACAGUUAUACCAUCUGGCCCGGGAGCUUUCGUGAAGUGAGGGGGUAGUGUUUUGUUCACACUCGCACAUAGAUAUUACUCGACAACCGUGAUGACGUUCGGUGUCGGAUGAAAACUUCACAAUGUAAGCUGUGCUCACUAAAACUGUCAUUUGGGAUGGCUGUGACAAUCUGUGUUAACUCAAGAAUUCCCAAAACAAGGCCCACCCGCUGGCGAAUCGUUAUACAUUAGUCGUGUUGUUGUGAUGUGAACGUGUGUCAAGUGGGAGUUUGAUUUUAUUUCAACUAUUCCACCGAGCUCAGCAAUGCUAUGUGAUUAAUGAAUGUGGCACUGCAUCAAUGGUUUUCGUGCGGUUUUACUUUGUCUCUUUAGAAAACGUGGCUGGCUGUCCGUGAACAACUGCAUCUAACGUCCUACCUAGUGCGUGGUUGAAUUGUCAAUAUAAAUAAAUGCAUUGUAUUUGGAUUUAGGAAAGCCACCGAGCUGCCUAUGUAUUUGUAUUCAAAUGGAAUGUUUAAGAACAAUAUCGUUUAAUAUUCGUAAGAAGUAGCCGCAUCACAAUCAAGAAUUUAUGAUCGAUUUUUUUUUGUAUUUGGUGACUUUUUUUGUAACGUACAUUCGGUGUUUUACUCUUUACAAAACCUUGCCGUUAUUCUGCUGGUGGUCAUUGCCAAUGACUUGUGCAUGAUGUCUUGUUUGCUUUUGCAAGUUCAUUGGGAAAUAAAUGCCUUUGUGGUGUUCCACGUAA